AUGUCCCACUACGUGGCACUUUCCCAGACUCGGGCAGAGGUCAACUUCGUUCUCCAACCGAACACCGAGAAGACAAUGAAGGAAACAAAGGAACCACAAGGUAGCAAGUCUCGACACCGCAAACUAUCUCCACAUACCAUCGAGCGCUACCGCUGUGAGGGAGUGAUCAACUCAACAGACGACAAGCGGCUGCCCGAGCAGGCUCCGAGAGGAAGAAGGCAUCGAUCUUCUCUUCCCUCUCUAGCUCGGCCGCAAACCCCGUACCGCCCACAUGUCGACGAAAGGGUGGACGGAAAGAAGGGGGUUCGUUUCACCGAUCCUUUGGAGCAACCGGCCACGGAGAACCGACAUCCGUCAUUGCGCAAGAUGAAAUCGGCCUUGAAGAAGCCAGAUCCAGACAGGCAGAACAGAAAGCAAGUUAAGGACGAGGAAGAAGAGAAGGAAAAACCACUGGUCCAGAACAACGCGGUGAUUAGUCCAUCAAAGAAGAGUGAUAGUAAGGGUGUUGCUCAUGAUCCUGGAUUCAAAUCCAUGUCCGCCUCUCCGAACUAUGAGCGCACAACCAAACUUACAACUGCCGUUGCAUCUUCCCUCGCCUCAAAUGGCAGCAAUGUAAACGUACAAAACAGCCGCAGCCGCACCCGCACCAGUAGCAGCCUCCCCAGUGCCGAGCUCAAGCCCAAGCUCAAGCCCAAGCCCAAGCCCAAGAUCAAUCCAAACGUGACCUCCGAAUGUAGUACCGCCACAUUUGGAUCCAACAACAGCUCAGCAUCCUUCCAAACCGCCAAGUCCCAUCUCAGCGAAGCCAGGUUUGGCUCAUCAGGGACGUCGUCGUCAUUUUCGUGCCCUCGGUUUUGCGAUUGGGCCGAUUGUGCUUGA